AUGUGUGGCAGAGAGAGGGUACGGUGGCACGGUGCAUCGGUGCUGCAAUGGGGCAGGCAGUGGGGGAUCUGGGGCAGGCAGGGGAGGGAUCUGGGGCAGACAGUGGGGGGAUCUGGGGCAGACAGUGGGGGGCUGUGGCUAAGCAGUGGGGGGGAUCUGGGGCAGGCAGUGGGGGAUCUGGGGCAGGCAGUGGGGGGAUCUGGGGAAGGCAGCAGGGGGCUGUGGCUAGGCAGUGGGGGGAUCUGGGGCAGGCAGUGGGGGAUCUGGGGCAGGCAGUGGGGGAUCUAUGAAAGGCAGUGGGGGGAUCUGGGGCAGGCAGGGGAGGGAUCUGGGGCAGACAGUGGGGGGAUCUGGGGAAGGCAGCAGGGGGCUGUGGCUAAGCAGUGGGGGGGAUCUGGGGCAGGCAGUGGGGGGAUCUGGGGCAGGCAGAGGAGGGAUCUGGGGCAGACAGUGGGGGGAUCUGGGGAAGGCAGCAGGGGGCUGUGGCUAAGCAGUGGGGGGGAUCUGGGGCAGGCAGUGGGGGAUCUGGGGCAGGCAGUGGGGGGAUCUGGGGAAGGCAGCAGGGGGCUGUGGCUAGGCAGUGGGGGGAUCUGGGGCAGGCAGUGGGGGAUCUGGGGCAGGCAGUGGGGGAUCUAUGAAAGGCAGUGGGGGGAUCUGGGGCAGGCAGGGGAGGGAUCUGGGGCAGACAGUGGGGGGAUCUGGGAAAGGCAGCAGGGGGCUUUGGCUAAGCAGUGGGGGGGAUCUGGGGCAGGCAGUGGGGGAUCUGGGGCAGGCAGUGGGGGGAUCUGGGGAAGGCAGCAGGGGGCUGUGGCUAGGCAGUGGGGGGAUCUGGGGCAGGCAGUGGGGGAUCUGGGGCAGGCAGUGGGGGAUCUAUGA